CAUUUAUGGCGAUGGCAAUUCUUAUCUGUAAAUUAAUGAUAUAACUAUGAUCACUAUACGUACGGAGACCUUGCAGCUGCGGAACGAGUUCAGCGUGUGCCGCGUGUACACCAGCAACGGCACGCUGAGGUCCUUCGACCGCCGGCCCCUCAACCCGCCGGCCGCCGGCCUCGACGAUCAAGCUGCGGGCCACCGCUACCAGCAACAAGAAGCUCUACCACCACCGGCGGCGGCGGGCAGCCAGAUGGCCGCAGUCGACAUGGUCGUCGCAGCCGCCAACGGGCAGUCGUCAGAUGAGCAUUCCCACGGCAGCUCGUCGUCGGGGUCGCUCGGGUUCGUCGUGGAUGGAGCAGGAGACGCCGCCGCGGCCAUCGACGGGGACUCGCUGAUUCCACCUGUCGAUUACCUCCGCUUCAGCGACGUGGAUGACUUGAGCCAUGUCGUUUGGCCCCCAAAUUGACACGUACCCUCGUGCA